UGUCUCGAGAAACGAGAAAUUACUGACAGUUUAUUACUCAUAUGUUUUUAAUGAAAGACCACCUAUACAUAAAAUAAAGCUGAACCGUCCAGUGCAUAUUUUAUCAAAACUUUGCCAUACAUUCGCAUUUAAAUAAAACUCAUUCAAAUGUCCAUAAAACCAUCUCUUAAAUUGCGUAUCAGAUAUUAUGUUAGAAUUCAAGCUAAUUAGAAGGUAAUAUAAUUAUGCGCUUUUGUGAAAAUACAUUAAUUGUGAGACCUGGUCUGGCAUUGAAUAAUACACCUACAUCCAUAUUAAUUAAUUUGGACUACACUCAAGGCUGGAAAGACCAUGCUUACCAUGACUUAGGGUAACAGGUAUCAAAUUGCCAUUCUGGGAAUAAUUGUUAUAGAGACAAAACGACGUUACAAUAAUUGAAAUCACGGAGAUUUAACAUAACAAUUUAUCACUUUCGAUUUCGUUUUGUUCGCUGUUUAUAUUCCGAGUGACAUAUUACUACUUGGCCAAGUGACUGGGACACCUGAAGUAAUCAUCAACUACAGUUAUUUAUUAGAAAAAGGGAAAGCAACAUGACUCGAGUAACAGUAUUGUUUGUUUGUGUGGUAUUUAUCCUUCCUAUGGCUGGUGCAUUGCCCCGAUAUGCUAAACCAAUGUGGCAUGGCAAAUGUGUGAAGUACUGUAAUGCUAAAAAACAACCGCCGAGAGUCUCGGGGUACCAAGUUGGCUGCGUUUCUGACCGUGAUUGCACUUACUGCAAAUUCUACUCCUGCCCAGAAUUUUCUGUUUGUGGCAAUGGGGAGGUACCACGACCUGACCGCAGCAAAAUCUGCAUGCCCUGUCCAGGUGAAUGUCUAUACCUUGGGGAAACGUAUGCUGUAGGAGAAACGGGCAUCAUGUCAAUGGAUACCGUCAAUAGAUGUGUGUGUCGUGGGUUUAUUCCUGAGGUAGUAUGUCAGAAAAAAAUACCCAGACCACCACCGGAUGUAUUCUGUGAAUAUUGAGUUUUCGGUCCGAAUAGGGCCGAUGUAUGUGCUAAUCACACUUCAAUUCUCAAGUUUCAAUGACAAAGAUGUUUUAAUGCUUACUCAAAAGCCUUUACAUCCAUGGAGUUUCAGUAGACUUACUCGUGGUCGUAGCCGUUUGGAAGUUCGUUUUUUUCCGUGAAUUCGAACGUGAGACAUUAAGUGUACGCUAAAUCUAUAUACUAUGGAUCAGUAUCGAUAUUGAAGUUACCGUAACACAUCAUGGAUUCGCUAUAAAAAUGAGCCUUUAAUUCAGUGAUGUCAAACAAAUUUACGGCUCCAGGGUGCGAAUAUAUUUAUGUGUCAAAGAUUGAGAUAUAUUCUACACUACAAGUCAAUAUACUUCACAGUCAUUUGCUGAAAUGAGAUAACCGUCAUUUCCACUUUGACAUUCUGUCAUCAUGGAACUCUAUUGAACGAUACGCACACUUGCAAAUGCUAUAGAGGUUCUUUUAUUUUGUCAUCUUACCGGCCAAAAACUACUUUUGUUGUAUUUGUAAACUUCAAUAAAUUGAUUCUACCGGUUAA